AUGGGUGGUUUACUCUUUGGUUAUGAUCUUGGAAUUAUGGGAGGAGUGACUUCCAUGGAACCUUUCCUAAUAAAAUUCUUUCCUAGUGUUUAUAAGCAAAUGAAAGAUGAAUCUAACCACGAAAGUCAGUAUUGCAAAUUUGACAACGAGCUCCUUACAUUGUUCACCUCGUCCUUAUAUCUUGCUGCAUUAGUAGCUUCUUUCUUUGCUUCCACCACCACAAGAAUGACAGGACGCAAGACCUCAAUGUUCGUAGGUGGUUUGUUUUUCCUCGUGGGUGCAUUGUUGAAUGCUUUUGCCAUCAAUAUUGAAAUGCUUAUCAUAGGUCGUUUAUUGCUUGGUUUUGGUGUUGGGUAUUGUAAUCAGUCUGUACCUGUGUAUUUGUCUGAAAUGGCCCCAACAACGAUAAGAGGUGCACUCAACAUUGGAUUUCAAAUGAUGAUCACAAUUGGUAUCUUAAUUGCAAACCUUAUCAACUAUGGGACUUCCAAACUAGAAUAUGGUUGGAGAGUUUCUUUAGGUAUUGGUGCAGUUCCUGCAAUAAUGUUAUGUGCAUGA